UUCCAACAUGUCUCAGCCACUAAUCACCCUGUACGACAUUCCCUCGACCGUGCCCCAGCCAUGGGCUCCGAAUAUUUGGCGUAUACGAUUUAUUCUGAACUACAAACGUCUGCAUUAUCGAACUGUCUGGGUGGAACUCUCCGACGUAGAGACAACACUACGUGCCAUACGCGCUCCCCAGAGUUCGGUCAGGAGCGACGGUAGAGCUAUAUAUUCCCUUCCAGUAAUUGUGGACGCUUCACGGUCAAGGAACUCUCCUACUAUCCUAUCAAAUGCAAGCACCAUCGCAGAAUACCUCGAAGUCACAUAUCCAGCACGCCCCAUUUUCCCAGAAGGUUCACGCGCAUUGCAAAGCCUUUUCGUCCACUACAUCCAGGAAAUCUUCGCAAAGCCGCUACUCCCAAUUCUGGUACCUCUGACCCACCAGACGCUCCCGCAGCGCAGCCAGAUCCACUUUCGCAGCACCGGCCCUGGUCCCCAGCUGUCAGGCGCGCAAAAGGAGCAAGCCUGGCAGGCCGUCAAGGAGCAGUUCGACUUCCUCGCUGGAAUAUUGGACAAGAAUGCCGGCACUGAUGGAGACGGUACGGUCGCGAUGGGCCGUGACGUGAGCUAUGCGGAUUUUGCGCUGUGUUCCGUGCUGAUCUGGAUUGAACGGGUAUCACCGCACGACGGCUGGAUCCGUAUCAGACAAUGGAACAGUCACCGGUGGACGAGGCUGUGGGACAGAUGCAAGAGCUACAUGGAUGUGCUGUGACUUCAUAUCGCAGACUGCUGGGAUUUCUCUCCAUUCCACCUAUAUUAUUAUCGUUAAUUAGCUGCAUAAUCUCCUCCCGGUAUAGACCGCAAUGUAUAGAACUACUAGUACUUGU